GUGUAAAAUGACAGGUAGAAAGCUGCCGUCUCUUGGUGAGGUGCAGGCAUGUGCUGAACAGAUUGGUUUAACAAAUAUUACAAUGUGACCGUUCACACCAAUCGUCAGAUAAACUAUGUGCACAAAACUUGGCACCAUUCUUGGAGUUCAGCUGUAACCGUGGGCGAAGAUACCGCAGGAGCAAACGGGAAAUUCAACUGUCAGCUGGCCGGGAAAGCCGAUCACACCACCCGGCUUCCGGGGAUUCAGGGGCCGCAUCGGUUGACGGCAGACGUCGGUCGGUAGCUCAGGGGAAAGGGCGAGCAGCUACAUCAUCGCCGACAUCCACCGCUCGAUUUCACCCACUUUCCACGAUGUCAAGAAAGCUACAGAGGACAGAAGUCUGCGCCGACUGCAGUGCGCCAGACCCAGGCUGGACAAGCAUUAACCGCGGGGUCCUGAUCUGUGAUGAAUGCUGCUCAGUUCACCGAAGCUUAGGCCGCCAUAUCUCCAUAGUCAAGCACCUGAGACACAGUGGAUGGCCGCCUGCACUACUGCAGAUGGUUCAGACCUUGGCCAGUAAUGGGGCUAACUCCAUAUGGGAACACAGUCUCCUGGACCCUGCUCAGGUGCAAAGUGGUCGUAGAAAACCCAACCCCCAGGACAAAGUCCAUCCCACUAAGUCAGAGUUCAUCAGAGCCAAAUACCAGAUGCUGGCCUUUGUGCACAAGCUGCCAUGCCGCGAUGAUGAUGGUGUCACCACCAAGGACCUCAGCAAGCAACUUCACUCCAGUGUGCGGACGGGGAGUUUAGAGACAUGUCUUCGGCUCCUGUCCCUCGGUGCUCAAGCCAACUUCUUUCACCCGGAAAAAGGCACUACCCCACUCCAUGUAGCAGCAAAGGCAGGUCAGAUCUUGCAAGCGGAGCUGCUAGUGGUGUAUGGUGCAGAUCCUGGAGCACCUGACAUUAAUGGACGUACCCCUAUGGACUACGCAAGGCAAGCGGGUCAUAUAGAGUUAGCAGAGCGGCUUGUGGAGUGUCAGUAUGAGCUGACGGACAGGCUAGCCUUCUAUCUGUGUGGACGGCGUCCAGAUCACAAGAAUGGCCAUUAUAUCAUUCCACAAAUGGCAGACAGAGCUCGUCCUAAGUGCCCGACACAGAGUCUGGACCUCUCAGAACUGGCCAAGGCUGCCAAAAAGAAGCUCCAAGCGCUCAAUAAUCGGCUGUUCGAGGAGCUAGCAAUGGAUGUCUAUGAUGAGGUGGAUCGCAGAGAAAAUGAUGCAGUGUGGCUCACGACCCAGAACCACAGCACUCUGGUAACAGAACGCAGUGCAGUGCCCUUCCUACCAGUCAAUCCUGAAUAUUCUGCCACACGCAACCAGGGUCGUCAAAAGCUGGCCCGAUUCAACGCUCGUGAGUUUGCCACACUCAUCAUUGAUAUCCUGAGUGACGCCAAAAGGAGACAGCAGGGAAAAGGUCUCAGCAGCCCAACUGACCAACUUGACCUGGGCAGUGAUGAUGACCAGCAUGACUAUGACAGUGUAGCAUCUGAUGAAGACACCGACAGCGAGCUGACCGCCCAGAACAACAACAACACGCAACGUAGCAACCGUGCAAAGAGUAUGGACUCAUCAGACUUGUCAGACGGUCCCAUCACCCUGCAGGAGUACCUGGAGGUGAAGAAGGCACUAGCCUCCUCAGAAGCCAAGGUUCAACAGCUCAUGAAAGUCAAUAACAACCUGAGUGAGGAGCUGCGGCGGCUCCAAAAUGAGAUCACACGGAUGCAGACAGAGAACAGUGCCCUGCGGGGGGGCCAGCAGGCUGGGGGGGCAGCCGGCCAUGGGGUAGGGGGGCCUGGUGGAGGUGGAGGAGGCCAUUGGCAAGGGGGGGUGAUCCGAGGAGGAAUAGGUGGAGGGAGUCUUGGUGGGUUUGGGCCAGGAGCAGACACCCCAGGGCUCACUGUGUCCUCCUCACUCACUCCCCACUCCCAUGCCAACCGGCGAGAGCGCCAUGCAUUCUCUAUGUACGAGCCAGGAGCAGCCCCUGGCCCCACGGCCCAUGGUCCCCCAGCCCUGGACUCCCUGGCAGCCCGCCUGCAGCCCCUCAACACACCCAGCGUGAGAAAGGGUAGUACAGGAGGAGGUCCGGCGUCAUAUGGCGGACAGCAUUUGUCUGCAUCUACAGAGAUGGGCAGAUAUAUGGUCUCUAAACCAGAGAAGCAUGGCAGUGGCACAGACAGUGACUAUGACAACACACAAACAUAUGACCUCUCGCUAAGGUCAGAUUCACGCAUGGGCCGCAGCAGUGAGGAGGAGGGCCGCGGGGAGUCUGACGAGGGAGUAGGGGAGACGGGGGAGCCAGAUCCCACUCUACCCUGCACAGAGGACGUCAUACUGAAGACUGAGCAGGUGACCAAGAACAUCCAGGAGCUGCUCAGGGCAGCUCAGGAGUUCAAACAUGACAGCUUUGUUCCAUGUUCUGAGAAGAUCCACUCUGCUGUCACUGAGAUGGCGUCGCUCUUUCCUAAACGUCCAGCAUUGGAUGCGGUCCACUGCUCCCUCCGCCUGUUGGCGUCCAGUGCCUCGCGGUUGCAGGUGGAGUGUCGUAAGGCGGCGCCGUCAGAGCCCGGGGCUCCUGCAGUGGACUACCAACUCCUCACUCAGCAGGUCAUCCAGUGCGCCUACGACAUCGCCAAGGCAGCCAAGCAACUGGUCACUAUCACCACUCGCGAGAAGAAGCAGUGACCCAACUAAUGCAUGGAUAGAUGGAUGGAUGGAGGGGGAAGAGGGAGAAAGAAUAAAGAAGGAUAAUAUGAUCACAGUAAAGAUGGGAGAACAAGGGGCGGGGAGCGACAGAUGGAGUGAGAAUGACGGGCAUGACGAGGAACGGAAAACAAUGAAAGAAGAUUUGAAAAUGCAUGGAAACUAAUCAAAUGAAAAGAAACAAGCGGACUUAAAAUAUGAGAAAUUCAAAUACCAGAGUGGACGUGAAAGUAGGGAAGGAACGAGCUGGAGGAUCCAACAUGGGAGCUAGAGCCGGGAGCAACCAACAAAAGCAGUUGGAAUCGGAUCAUAAACCUUUCAACUGUGAUAAGCAUAUGUGAAAUACAAAGGUGGCAAUGUACAGAGAACCUGGAUCCUGAGGUAUUACCGUUUUAUUUAUUCCUCACCUUUUACUUGCCAUCCCUUCCUCUCCCUGUUCACCAUGAUCGCAGAGGGAGGCCAAAUGUGCCGCGAGAGAGGGAAGUAGAUCAGCCAUGACACACUCAAACCCUUGUCCGUCCCUUCGCUAUGUGAGGAGUCACGAUGUUCCUCCCUUUGCCCUUCUUUUAUCUCUGCCUUUAUCUCUCUCUGUCUCUCCAGCCAAACACAAGGCCUCUCUGCUUCCUGUCCAUCCGUACAGGAUGAGCUCCCAGUGCAGAUAAAAAUCCUCUGGGAUCUAAUGUCUCCCCUCGCCACACCCCAGAUGCUCUCUGAUGCUUUGGGUUAACUUUUGGAAAAGGGCUCCAGCUCUUCUCUCACCUGUCGUGUCCCCCCUCUCCUCCCCUCCACCCUGUGUUGGUGGUACACAGUGAUCUGGCAUGUUAUGAUUUCUUUCCCCUCUUUCUUUAUUUCCUUUUUUUUUUUUUUUUUUAACGCAGACUGUUUUGGUCUGCGACUACGAGAACAAACAUUACUGACUUAAAAAGAACAAAACACUUACACUGGAAUAAUUGUGAUUUAUUAUUGUUUAUCGUGUCAAUUUUGUUUUGUAUUGAUAUUUUUACUGACUGUCAUAUUGAUUUAACUGUUUAUGUUUAUUUUAUUGUCUCAAAUAUGAUGCUCAUUUAUGGGAAUAGGGAGACAGCAGGUGGGAGUGUGUGCUCAACCUCUGACUGGGAUUUCAGUUAACAUUGCACGCACGUUCACAUACUACAACAACAACAACAACAACAAAAAAGAAGUAAAACCUGUGAAAUGGUCCUCAACAUUUCUCAAGCGCUCCAUAUCCGGGUGACAGUUGAGGUUUUUUUUGUUUUCAUAUUUUAUUGUCCUGUGACCAAGGGGUUGAACAGUUGCCAAAGGGGAGAAGUGUUUGGGGAGAUAUGUUUUUGACACUCUUGUCAGACCGAAUGCCCCUUGGUGCACUAUGACAGGACCUGGAAAAAAAAAGAAUGCUCUUUUCAUGUAUCCUCAUUUGUCUUUAUGUGCUUGAUUAAUGCCUCAUUUAACAGAACUAGUGGAAUCAUCUCAGAAUCAAUCUCAUAUUCAUUUUUAGUGCCAAACAGGAUAGUACAUGACUGACAUGGCUGGUGUUGCUCCUAGGUGCUUGUUUUGCACAGCAUCCACUAUUUACAUGCACGCUAACAUUAACUUUGAGUGGAGUUAUGUCGAUGGGAGAUACUGUUAUGUUGCAGUUGAGCAUCAUGUCGACCUGUGGAAAGCACCAGGUCUAGUAACCUGGUCCGUAAAAAAAAACACUACACGAUGCUCGCUGUAUAGCUAAUUUGUUUAUUUUAAAUUAAUGAAUUCACCUCAAGUGUGCUUGAUUUACUUUGCCAUGUAUUGUUGUCACUGUGGCAUGCACAAUCGAGCCCACAGCCUCUGUUUUCUGCUUGGUUCUGCGUCAUGGCCUGCUGAUCUGGGCCACAGAAGUCGUCACUUUUAGCUCACCGUCUCGUCAUUGAUAUUGGGAGACAACAUUGGGAACAAUUUGUUUGUCUUUGUUUGCCUUUCAAAGAAAGCGCACUUCGCCUAUUACAGGUUUAAAACGUGUUGAACUGUACUGAGCUAAUAUGGCCCCACCUGUAACUGAAUGGUUUCAGACGAGCUCUCUUAGGUCUUUGCUUAGCUGCCUCGUCUCGUGAAGAUUCACCUCUAACCUUCAUCUAAUGGUUCUGCGGCUCAUUUCUCAGUGUUUGCAGCUUGUAACAGUCGGUGGUCCUUUGCGUUAUAAUCCUCCUGAAAUCAUCCUUUAAAACUGUUACUUUACAUUCAAAAAGCCUUUUAACAAGAAGCAAUUAGAGCCAACAAGUUUCAAACACUUUGAGAGACUGAUGCAGAUCACCCUCAGCACUUCCCUGACCUCUUGAUUCACAUUUUGUUAUCACUCAUCCCCUCGUGUCCCUCAGUGUCUCGUGCAGUUGCACACAUCUGUCUGUAGGUGAUGAUGAGGUUGGACUGUUUUUCCCUCUGCUCCCAGUCAAAACAAGUCAUGCCCGGAAUACUCUUGAAAUGUAUUAUUGUUUGAUAUUGAAUGCCUUUGCACAUCAUGAUCAUCAUCUCCUGAUUUAACUGGCUGAGUUACAGUGAUGUUGUACUGACUGCUGAAACAACACACACACAUGCACGCUCAUUGGGGCCAGUAAAGAAGCUUGUCCCUUCAGUCUUGAUUGCCCAACUUUUAGACUAGAGCCAUAUUAUAUUUGAACAUAUAUUUUCAUGCUAUAUUUUGUAUUAAGCUAUAUGUUAGGGUUACGUUUGUGAGGUAUUUAUGUCUAUUUGUUGACUCAAGUGAGCUUCAGGCCAAAAUUCUCUUCAUUCACUCUUAAGUCUUGACCCUCGCUGUGUGUGUAGAUACUUUAUGUCCCGCGAGUGUGGUUCUGCUGUGGUUUCAUCCCCCGUACGUGUACAAACUGUAAUCCCAUCGUACGCACACUAAUGAUCCUACGGCAGUUGCAGAGAGUGAAGAGUGAAAACACGAGUUUGAUUCAGGUGUGGUCUUAGUUGCACUAUUUUCAUACACCAACUGGAUGGGGUAGGAUCUACAUCACGUACUGCACUCUUCGAAAGCUCUUAGUUCAGGUACACAAGGUGCAGGGGUUCGAUGUAGGAUAGGGCAAAUAGAAAGAGGUCUGGAGCGCACUUUGGUUCAGCACUACAGUCAUCUCAACACGGGGGGAAGAGGCUCUAAACUGCACACAGCCUCAUGCUUCCCCAAACACAUGGACACUACAUAGGGUGCCUCUAAUGUGAAUGUUAUAAUGCUUGUUGUUUCACUUCAUGUCCAACAGACUUAGGAAACGUCAUCAUACCCUCAACACUUCACAGUUGUGACUUUGGUUUGGACCUUCCACAAAUACAGACCUUACAUUUGCAGCCAGUGAGUUACACACACACACACACACACUCACUCAUACUCAUGCUUCAGAUACUCAGCCACUGACAGUGCACCGUGGCCUGCACUGUCUCUGUCCCCAUGUUUCUUCACAGCUCUACAGUUUGGGAGAUGGGUGACGGGAGAUUUAUCUUUUAACAGAAGACGUUAAAACUGUAUAAAGUAGAAAAAAUCAAUGACUCAAAGAAGGUCAAUCGUAAUGGAAACUCAUAAGCUGUACAUUUGUAAUAAAAUAAUAAAACAAGUUAAUUGUC